AUGGAAAAAAAUGGGGGAACCGGUGUUCCCAUGUACAUCAAUCACUUAUCUGAGAUUGAUAGAGAAGCUUAUAUGAAACUUAAAAAUGAUAUCAAUUUGGCAAUCUCAACAAAUGGUCGAACGAAAUUUUGUAGUCUAUUCUCUGAGAUAAUCAAUAAAAUUCGGAAAUACGUUGUGCAAAAUGACACCAACGAUGAUUUUAGGUCGCUUGUAUGCGGUAUAAUUUGGAUGGGCGAUACAAUAGCUAUAAAUACAAGGCAACUAAUGUGCGCGAUAAACAAAUGCAAAUCCUCUAUUAACAGUGGCUUUCAAGCCAUUGGAUAUUCGACGGUUUCUAUGGAUCCAACAUCGGCAUCGAAUCUUGUGCGUCACUUUCCUUUUAUGAAAGAUAAUCUAAAUGAAACUCGCCAAUGGACUUUAAGAAGGCUCAUCAAAAAGAACAAAUGUCCGACUCCAAAUAUAUCUCCACUGAUCUCGCCACCUCAAAUCUUUGAAAGCCCUGUAACCAUAACAGAUUCAAACUUUGAGUUUGAUCCUUUGGUUGUGCCUUCCUCCGAUCUUUUGCUUCCGCAGAUUUCUGACGAGCCUCCUUACUUGGAGCCACUUAACAUGCCAUCUAUCACAGAAGAUAAUCAUGAUCCUAUGUCUUUUUAUACAUUAUAA